ACACACAUACACAAAAACAUCAUGGCAAAGUUGUCUAGGGCAAAUGGGAACAAAAAGAAUGGGUUGAAAUUCAAGAUAGUAGUAGAAAAGCUUCAAAAGAGUUUUCUACUGGGCAAGAGGUCACCCGCGAAUCAUUUUGACGAGUUCGACAACUCCGAGGAUGUGCCUAACGACGUUAAAGAAGGGCAUUUCGCGGUGAUGGCGGUGGACGACGACGACAAGCUCAAAAGAUUCAUCGUUCCGCUGAGUUGUUUGAGGAAUCCUUGUUUUUUAAGGCUGUUGGAAAAAGCUGCAGAGGAGUAUGGGUUUGAACAUGAAGGCGCACUCAUGCUUCCUUGCAGGUCAAGUGAGUUGGAGAAGAUUCUUGGCAAGCAAUAUAAUGGAAGAAUAGAAUGGAGUCCUCGUAACCUCGGAGUGUGGUUGAGUGGGAGGGACUCAUCCAUCCUUAAUCAAAUAUUAAGGGUUUGAUUAUUGAUUUGGGUAUGGAGCAAUUUUAAAUUUCUAAGUCAGUUGUCACUGUAUUUUACGGGGUGAAAACUCAGGACUACACAACAAAAAAUAGA